ACACCGACACCUCAAAAACCCCCUUUCUCAAACCGACUCCAGCUGCUGAUAUCGGAUUUGAUCUGAUAUUGAUCCUGACAACAACACGCAGUCUCAGCCAGGCGGAAGAUAAUACCAACGACCGCUCAAGCCAGUCACCGAACACACUCUAAUACCGACUUGAGCGCGUUCUCCCUCUAUUUGGGAAGCCUUCGUGGAAUCCUUCUCAGGCACCUUUGCUCACGAUUUCACCCCGCCUUUCUGUCAACCAUGUCGAACCUCUUUUCUGGCAUGUGAGUAUAUAUAUUCUUAUUCUUCAUCAGUAUCAUCUCAAUUUGUCUUUGCUCGUCAUUGGAUCUUCAUCGUCAGCAUCGCUUCUGUGUGGCCUGUCUCCAGAUUCUGCCACUGUUCUUGUCAUGUCUUCAUCAUGAAUCCUAAAAGAGCCGCCACCUCUUGUAGAGGUAAAAUACCUAUAUCCACCAGCCACGACCCUCUACUCCCAUGCGAGUGCAACAUUGCAUGCAAAUUCUUCAUUUCGGAUACACUCGAACCUGGAGCCAACACCCUUGCGUACUCCUUGUCGCAGUGCAGGACAACUACCGAGACUGAAGGCCAACUGUACACAAUCACUCUCACCAUGUGGUCCCCUGGUACACUAGUACUUCAUCCAAGACAUGGCCCAAAGGUUCAUGAGCUGAAAACAUUCAAUGCUUUGAGCCUCUGAAGACGUUGCUUGAGGUUUCUUUCCAAGAAACUGGUCACUCUUAAAAAAAAAAAAACCAAAAAAAAAAAAACCCUCGUCAUGAUGGGCAUUCUCUGGUAGUGCCUAUGGGACAUGAUGGAUAGUUUCUUACUCAUAUAUCAUCAUCCUUACCUACUCACCUACUAUACCUUUCCUAUCAUCAUUCCUCUCCCUUGCAAGGGCGCCACGCAUGGCGCUUUUCUGCGGCUGCCAUGGGCGGACCUGUCAGUGUUUCAACCAUGUGUGCCAUUUCAAGCAUAGUGUGCUGUCACAUCCAUGGAUAGGUGCUCUACCUCAGGUACCUUAACUUACCUGUACCUGUGCUGACUUGAAGUGACUUUUUUAUUCCUUACUCAACUCGGUCCUAUUUCGAUAGCAUCCAUCUCAUUACCUACUUACAUUUGCUGACCCAACAUCACCAGUAACGCUCGAUUCCGAGGUGGCUCAGCUAAGCCUUCUUCUGGCCCUCAAAAGAGCCCAACUGGUUCUACUGCCAGUCAGCCUCCCCCGCCAGAGCUGCCUACCCAAGGGAGCCAGUCUUCCUCAGCUAGUCUAGCUCCCAAGGUUCCCCCUCUGCCUAACUCUCCUUCACUCGCCCAGACCAUUGGCAUGGAUGACUCCAGCGGCGUCAUGAGCGGUGACGAACUAAUCUCUUCCUAUCAUCUUCCUCGACCUCUCCCUCUGUGGCUCAAUGCCCAAUAUGCUAAGCACAUAGUAAAGGGUAAUUUCAUGACACUGAGUGCUCGACCCAAGACGGUCGAGCAAGGCGAGUGGAUUGCACACCAGGUUGUUGAGCAUUACCGCAACCUGUGGAAUUUUGUUAGAGUUCUCCACGAGAAGGAGGAUGAUGGUACAUCCAUCUGCAACUCUACCAGCUGCCCACGCAUGUCUGCUGGAGCUAACCACUCCUUUACUUGGCUCAACCGUAACAGGGAGCCUGUUGAGCUUCCCGCCUAUGAGUACAUGACUCUUAUGCAGCGAUGGAUUUCUGGUAAAAUCGACGACACCAACAUCUUCCCAACUGAUGCUUCUGGUGUCUCGUACGCCCACAACCCCUCGAUCACCACCACACCUUUGUCCCAACUCUCGAACCCUGGCGAGCCCGAGUACAUCGGAAAGCGAUCAGGCUUCCCUGAUAAGUUCGUCGAUAUCUGCCAGAUGAUUUUCCGACAAAUGUUCCGAGUUUAUGCUCAUCUCUACUGGGCUCAUUUUACCGAGCCAUUUUACCAUCUCAACCUGGAGAAGCAGCUCAACAGUUGUUUCUCACACUUUAUCCUGACGGCUACGGCUCUGGAUAUGCUCAAGCCCGCUGAGCUGGAGCCCAUGCAGCCUCUGAUCGAUCUUUGGGCCGCCAACGGAACUUUUCCUCCCGAGUCCAAGGCAUAUGAGUAUGCCAACAUCCGCGCCGGCGAGCGUCUUCUGCAGCUUUCCAAUGUCCCCCAAUAAGCGUGGACUAGUACCGGUGUAGCGUAACACGAAAGGCGGAGAAGAUGGGGUAUUUAAUCCUGUGGAUCGACUCCCAUAUACACAACCUGGAGGGCCUGUAUCCAACCUGGAGUCGGAAUGUUGAUAGACCAGGCAGCUUAAAUGGGACCGCACGAUAAAGCAUAUGCUUGCAGUAGUAAAAGAGCUGCAGAAUGGAGUUUGGGAGCCACGACUUGGAGCUUCGAGGGGAGCUUGACUAUCAAGGGGACACGGCUGGUGGUAGACAUGCGAAGUAGGAACUUUGACCUAUCGAUGUGAGGCUUGUUUCUAGGUCCCCAAACACAAAUAGAUUUCGAAAACUGAAGCAACGUAGUGUAGAAAAUCACGAACGUGACCCAUCCUGUCAACUCAUAGAUCCCUGCUAUCAGAUUAAUCGAUUCAUACCCGGGCUAACCGAUAUCUCGUCCCGUCAUGCCUUUCAGUCAUUCUUCGAUCCUUUGUUACACUGGG